GAAUACGAUGGACUGCUUCGUGACUCGGAGUUGAAUCGUCAUGGCGAAAAAGAAAGAUAGGCGAGUCAGACUCAGUAGCGAUGGUAAAUCGAGCCAUGUCGAUUCUUCUACUCGAAGAAUCAAGGCAGAUCACAAGCUUACAAGCACCAGCUACACCCUUUUCCUCUUCUUCAUCCUAUCUUCCACUAUUUGCGUAAUCUUAUACCGUAAACUCCAUGCUUCGAAUGCGCAUAAGAAUAUGAAUGCUGGAUCCGACCUACCGUACGUCUACCAGCGCGGUCUCGUAAAGACUGAUAUUCAUUAUCAUCAAGUCCUCAGUGAGAAUAUGAAGGCAUCCGAAAAUUCCAGUCGCCGGAAUUUCAAGAAUGCCGUGCUAGCCUACCUCACUCCAUGGAAUUCUAAGGGAUAUGAGAUGGCAAAGAAGUUCAAUCAUAAGUUUACACAUUUAUCACCCGUGUGGUAUGAACUUAAGAGCCAAGACACCAAAUUGGUUAUGGAGGGAAGGCAUAAUGCUGAUAAAGAAUGGAUUGCAGAGCUCAGGAUGAAAGGAGAUGCCCUGGUUUUGCCUAGAGUUGUUUUGGAAGCCCAUCCCUUGAAUUUGCUGAAAAAGAAGAAGCAGAGAAAUAAAGCAGUUGACCUGAUCAUUACAGAAUGCAAGGAAAUGGGUUGUGAUGGUAUCGUACUGGAAUCAUGGUCGAGGUGGGCAGCCUACGGUGUGUUGCAUGAUCCAGAAAUGCGUUCUAUGGCACUGCAAUUUAUCCAGCAACUGGGACAGGCCAUGCACUCCAUAACAUUGGAGCAUAGUAAACAAACUUUGCAAUUACUGUAUGUUAUUGGUCCACCUCGUUCGGAUAAACUAGAGGAGUAUGAUUUUGGGCCACAAGAUAUCCAGAGCUUAAGUGAAGCCGUAAACGGUUACUCUCUUAUGACUUACGACUUCUCAGGUCCUCAAAAUCCUGGUCCCAAUGCACCUUUAAAGUGGAUUCAGUACGCCUUGCAGCUUCUCCUUGACGGCACUACCCAUGAUCAUGAGAAUUUCGAUCAAAUGAUUUUUGUUGGCGUCAACUUUUAUGGGAAUGAUUUCAUCGUUUCUGGAGGCAGUGGACCUAUCCUUGGAACGGAUUAUUUGUCCUUGUUGGAACGACAUAGGCCUGCACUGCAAUGGGACGAGAACAGUGCUGAACAUUUCUUCGUGUAUUCCGAUAAGCAGAAUGUCAAGCACGUAGUAUUCUACCCAUCACUGAAAUCAAUUUCAAUGAGGCUCGAAGAAGCUCUUUCUUGGGGGGCCGGCAUUGCAAUCUGGGAAAUCGGACAAGGUCUGGAUUAUUUUUUCGACAUAUUGUGAUCAAGGCGGGUUCUUAUUUCUACAGAUAUGAUGGAUUACUUUUGACGGAGGCACAAGUUAGUUUUCCAGUUUGUAACAAGAUAAAGAACUUUUUUUGUGUACGUAUAUGCUUAAUUUUUAUAAGUUGUUUUACUUUUCCUUU